CGUUCAGUGAACCAAACAUCGAUAUGAGAAAUAGAUGGAGGGUCAUUUCAAAGAAUCAAUACGAUCAAAACACACGUGUGUUAUCAUUUCACAGGAGGCAAUGUUCACUUCUUUUUUCUUCUGUUUUAACACCGGAACUUCUAAAACUGUAUUUCAAUAGUACUGUUACAGAUAUUCGUUCCUCAUUUAUUGCCAACUUUGCUUGGAGAGAAACAUCAGCGUCUGGAAUCUAUCAAAAUAAAUUUAAAUUUAACAGAAACUUCGAACUAACCUGGAUUCAAAAACGUGAUUGCUUUGAACGCAGCAAAUUCAUUGAAAUUUAUAUCAAUUUCUCUGAAUGGUUUCAAAACUAAAUCAAGAACCUGAUAUUUUUUCCUGUUCAAUCCAGAAGGUCUGAAAUUGGAGCAAAAAUUUUUAUGGUUUUAAGAUUGAAUAUUAUACCUGGUUGGUUCAUGUGUUCUAUCAUAAUAUGUUCCAUCUGGAAAUACAACAGUAUCCAGCCCAUGGUCUGGAGAGUUGUAAACUUGGUUUAAAGCUGGUAAAGUGAUUGCAGAGUGCCGUACUAAUUCAGCCUGAAAAAUGAAAUUGUAUCGAGUUUCGAACAUCUCCAGAGAAUACGUUUUAAAGUUGCAUGCUCACUUCAUUUAAUAAUAAUUAUAACUAUUUCAAUACCAAAAAAAGUUUUACCUUGUCAGCAUACGAAAGGGCUUCAAAAAUUUUAAACGUUUUUGCAUAUUCCGUCAGCACAAACCAGUCUCUCUCGUGCCAAUAAUGAUAGUCAGUUUGUGUAAUAAACCUCAAUGAUGUAUAAGUAUGUUUGGAGCUCUGAAAUAUUCUAUACUGAUUGUCUAUUUGAAUUCAAUAAUAUCUCACUGGAAGAGCAUACUUGCUUAAAAAUAUCGGAUCAUUUAAUAAACUUUUUGAGCACAGGGCUUCUUUCAAACUUCUCUUUGGUAGAUAAUCUGACAGACGCAUUUCAUUAGAUCUGCAAUGCCGAGACUUCACUUUUCGAUAUGUAUUACUAUUACUCACGCUUUUUCUCUACUGACUACAUAGCUCCAAUAUGUUUCAAAUGCUUUUUGAGCAUAUCCAGGAGAUUCAGCAAAAUAACUUCCUGGAGACAUUUCACUUGAACUACUAAAUGAUACAUCUUUCGUUUUAGGUUUUCUCGUUCUUUUUGUGUAUCCAAUCCGAUCUCUUGAUGCUUGUAGUGCAGAUUUAUCCAUUCCAACUUGAAUACAUUUUUCGAAUCGACAAAAACGGCACGCACAUCGGAUACUUUUGUCAACUGGACAAUUUUUCUCGUGUUGACAGACGAAGAGCUGUUUUUUCAUUAUUGUUCGGCGGAAGAACGUUUUGCUGAAAAAUGUUGAAAAAAAACAAAAUUCAAGUUAAGUUCUAGGCACAUAUCCUAGCACAUAGCCACAAGCUCUUUAGAAUACUUAAAGAGAAAGGAAAUUUUGAAAAAAAAUCUUAAAGAAUAAUAUUCCAUGUUCCAUAUUCCAUAUUCCAUAAUAUUUCAAUAAAAUUUGCUCACUA